AUGGCGCCGCUGUCCAUCCAAUCAGGAGUGAGAUACGCCAGAACUCUGCUGCCGGAGACUCUGGUGAGGUCUGUAUCAACAGUCCGGACCACCAUCUCUCGACACAUCCUUUCCUCGGCUCAGCCUCGCUGUUUUAAGGUGUGCACCCACAGCCGGAGGCGGCGGCGUAGUCUGGUGGCGCCCUCUCUGGACGAGCUGCUGGAGCAGGCAGCGAGGGUGUUCGCGUUGUCCUGCCACUUCCUGACUCUGGUCCUGGAGGACGACGGGACUCUGGUGGACUCGGAGGAGUUCUUCCAGUCUCUGCCCAACAACACGCCGCUGAUGGUGCUGGAGAAGGGAGAGAUGUGGAUGCAGAACAAGAUCUUCCCGAGCUUCCGUCAGCCAAAGAGGAAUGGGAUCGCUAAACUGACCUUUGACCUCUACAAGCUGCACCCUAAAGACUUCCUGUGCUGCCUCGCCAUCAAGGCCACUCUGUGCGAGAUGUACACGCUCUCCUACGACUUCAGAUGCACCAACAUGAAACACAUCCUGAAGUCGCUGCUGCGCUGCCUCACCUACCUGACCAGACUGACCGGCCAGCUGCUGCUCUGCAUAUCUUCAUCAUUCCUGCAGUUCACCAGAGAGGACGACUGCUAGUGUGUGUGGUAAUCCAACUUUCUGCCAAAGUGGGACUGAGUGUAUAAAUCCCCUCCAGCGACCAGCUGAAUCAUCAGUAUGUGUGUAUGAGACUAAAUGUAAGCUUUUAAAUGGCCACUCUGUUUUUAUCUGAAUGAUCUUCCUCUUCCUCUUCCUCUUCGUCUGAGCAUGUCUGAACGCUCUAAAUGUCUAUAUCGUGUGUUACACUGUGUUACAUUGUUUUCUGGAUGUUUUUCUUCUGAUUGGAGCCGUGAGAGUUCAUAUUUAAUACCAAGAGAAAAAGUUGGGAGCUGCGAAUGUGAUUAAAAUCUGACUGUAAAUC